AAGUAUAUUAAAGUUUCUAAAAACCCUAAGUCUCCAUUUGCUUAGAGGCCUUCUAUAAAUACAAUAUCAUGGCCAAGUCUUUGAUUAUCAGAUAAGUUAUCCAAUCAAUAUACACUUCUACAAUCUAUAUAUACAGCCACAGCUACUUAUAUAGCAUUCUGCAAGGCGGCGUUGCAAUUUUUUCUGUCCUUAUGAGUUUUGUUGGUAAAAUGAAGGAAAACGCAGUCAACCCUCUCCGUCUCACAUCACUGAACCAUGUGUCUCUCUUGUGCCGAUCCCUUGAAGAGUCGAUGAAUUUUUACCAAAAGGUGUUAGGGUUCUUCCCAGUUCGAAGACCUGAAUCUUUAGAUUUUGAAGGCGCUUGGUUGUUUGGACAUGGAAUCGGAAUACAUCUCUUGCCUUCCACAGAGCCUCAAACACUUCCCAAGAAAACUGUGAUUGACUCCAGAGAUAACCAUAUCUCUUUUCAGUGCGAGAGUAUGGCGUCAGUGGAGAAGAAGCUUGAUGAAAUGGGAAUAGAGUAUGUGAGGGAGAUGGUCGAAGGAAGAGGGAUCAAAGUGGACCAGCUCUUCUUCCACGACCCUGAUGGCUUCAUGAUAGAGAUCUGCAAUUGUGAUAGCCUCCCUGUUGUCCCUCUCGUAGGAGGACUGGCCCAGUACUGCGCAAGAGUUAAACUUCAUCAGAUGGGGCAACCACAACCGCAGACUAAUUAAGAUCAAUCCUUAACUAUCUCUGUUUUGUGUUUGUGUGUGUGCUUUGGGUGUGUUUGCUUUUGUGUGUGAUGAAUAAGAGACCGAUCAACGGGGAUCAGUGAAUGUGAUCCCCCCCCCCCCCCCCCCCCCCCCCCCCGCGGGAAUGAUCAUUCUCGUUAUAUGAUAUAACCACCAAGGGAAUUAAUGUUACAUAUAUUGUUUUAGUUGGUUUCUGUUGUUGUUGUCGUGUGUCGUUUGUCUGUACAUAUUGGGUGUGUUUGAUUUUGGAUGUAAUGAAUAAGAGACCGAGGUGAGUCAGUGUAUGUGAUUCCCCUAGAGGAAAUGAUAGUUUCCUCGCUUGGUGAAUCAGUGAAUGUGAAUCCCCUAGAGGAAAUGAUAAUUCUCUAGGAAAUCAAUGUUACAUAUAUUGUUUUAGUUGGUUUCUGUUUUUGUCGUA